AUGAUGAGAGUAUUGAAAGGAGGUGUGAUCUUAAUCAUAGCCCUAAUCUUGGUCCAUAUGACAUCACCAAUGGUUGCUAUCCGUGAAGGUCUUUCGGGGAUUGGAGUUGAGAGCAGCACUGAUCCAAUGCACAAACCUCAUCGUUUGUUUGAAGUUGAAAGCAAAGUCGUUACCGAUUCUGAUCUCAGACAUUACCCUUAUAUACUAAAUUCACUCUACUUCCCAUUCUACGAAGAAGACGAAGAAGAAGAAAAUUCAAGCUCAUCAAUGGCGGGUCUCAAAGGACCGAUCGAGAUUCGGAUUUUGAUCUUCAUCGCUUCUGUUAUCUUCUUCUUUCUCAAUCUCCAUGUCCAUGGCUUUUAUCUUCCCGGCGUCGCUCCACAGGAUUUUCAAAUGGGAGAUGCAUUGAUGGUGAAAGUUAAUAAACUGACAUCUACAAAGACUCAGCUUCCAUACUCGUACUAUUCUCUUCCUUAUUGUCGUCCUGAACAUAUCGUAGACAGUGCAGAGAAUCUCGGUGAAGUUCUUCGCGGUGAUCGAAUCGAGAACUCUCCCUUUGUGUUUAAAAUGAGGGAAUCGCAGAUGUGCGCAGCGGUUUGUCGUGUACAGCUUGAUAAGAAAAGCGCCAAGGCAUUAAAGGAGAAGAUUGCUGAUGAAUAUCGAGUCAACAUGAUUUUGGAUAAUCUUCCAUUAGUUGUUCCGGUGAAAAGGCCAGAUCAGGAAAAUGUCGUAGUUUAUCAGCAUGGUUUCCAUGUUGGUCUCAAGGGAAUUUUCGUUGGUAAAAAGGAGGAAAAGUAUUUCAUCCACAACCACUUGACCUUCACUGUUAGAUAUCACAGAGAUAUAGAGACUGAUUCUUCAAGAAUCGUCGGUUUUGAGGUUAAGCCGUUCAGUGUCAAGCAUGAAUACGAAGGUCAAUGGAAUGAAAAGACUCGGCUAACGACAUGUGACCCUCACACAAAGCGAGCAGUCACAAACUCCGAGUCUCCUCAAGAGGUCGCAGAAGGGAACGAGAUUAUCUUCACAUACGACGUUGAUUUCCAAGAAAGCGAAGUGAAAUGGGCGUCGAGGUGGGACACGUACCUUCUAAUGGCUGAUGAUCAGAUUCACUGGUUCUCAAUUGUUAACUCUAUGAUGAUUGUUCUGUUCCUCUCCGGUAUGGUCGCAAUGAUCAUGCUACGAACACUCUACCGAGACAUCUCCAACUACAAUCAGCUAGAGACUCACGAAGAAGUCCUCGAAGAGACUGGCUGGAAACUGGUGCACGGAGAUGUUUUCCGGCCGCCGGAGAAUCCGGAGUUGCUCUGUGUAUAUGCAGGCACUGGUGUUCAAUGCUUUGGGAUGAUUCUUGUCACCAUGAUCUUCGCUUGUCUCGGCUUCUUAUCUCCUUCGAACAGAGGCGGUCUCAUGACUGCUAUGCUUCUUCUCUGGGUUUUCAUGGGACUCUUAGCUGGAUACGCGUCUUCUCGUCUCUACAAAACGUUGAGAGGCACCGAAUGGAAGAAAAUCGCGUUGAAAACGGCGUUUAUGUUCCCUGCGACCGUCUUUGUCGCCUUCUUCGUCCUUAACGCUAUCAUCUGGGGGCAGAAAUCAUCAGGAGCAGUCCCGUUCGGUACAAUGUUCGCUCUUGUUGUUCUCUGGUUCGGUAUCUCUGUUCCGCUUGUUUUCAUCGGUAGCUACAUCGGUUUUCGAAAACCGGCGUUGGAAGAUCCGGUGAAAACCAACAAGAUCCCGAGGCAGGUACCGGUACAAGCCUGGUACAUGAACCCGAUCUUCUCCAUCUUGAUCGGAGGCAUUCUUCCGUUUGGUGCGGUCUUCAUCGAGCUCUUCUUCAUUCUCACCUCGAUAUGGCUUCACCAGUUCUACUACAUAUUCGGGUUCCUCUUCAUCGUCUUCAUCAUUCUGAUCAUCACUUGCGCGGAGAUCACUGUCGUUCUCUGUUACUUCCAGCUCUGUAGUGAAGACUAUCAGUGGUGGUGGAGAUCUUACUUAACGUCAGGAUCUUCAGCUGUUUAUCUCUUUCUUUACGCUGCGUUUUACUUCUAUAGUAAGCUCGAGAUCACGAAACUCGUCUCCGGGAUACUCUACUUCGGUUAUAUGCUCAUCGUCUCUUACGUUUUCUUCGUCUUCACCGGCGCGAUUGGCUUCUACGCUUGCUUUUGGUUCACCAGGCUUAUCUACUCUUCUGUCAAGAUCGAUUGA